AUGGUCCAAUCAAUAUUCCAGGUCAGAUCGAGGCCCAGCAGUGCUGUGAGCACCCCCAAGAAGCUGCGAAAUGACCCGCCAUCAACUUUGGCUAGUCACAAGUUGACUGAAUUGACGAAGAACCGUCAAUAUUGCGUAUCAAAACUCCCAGCACUUCCAUCUCAUUUGAAUAUAACUGAAGGAGAGCAAUGUAAUGGCUAUUGUGAUCAUCUCUCCGGUUACUUUGUUGUUGCCCAGAAGUCUAGCAUCAACGUGUGGAAUUACAAGUCUUCAGAUAGCGCACCAUUGACAUACCAAUUUCCCGUAGAAGAUGCUGGAGAAUUCCCUCCACUUGCAAGUCUCACCCGACCAGCUAGUGCCACCAGUCAGGAUCCAGGAAUUGUCAUUAUAAACUGUACCACGGGAAACGUGAAAUUCUACGAAAGUGUCCAGCAUGCUCCAGCUCUUGGAUUGAUUCACAGUAAAUCAUUGGAGCUUGUUUUACCUUUGCAAUCCACCAAGGGCGAGUACGUCACAAUGGCUCAAAAUGUAGAGCCGGCAGGUGUUAUAAUAGCCACUUCAUGGAAACGAUGCAUCUUGAUUUCCUUGAGAGACCAAAAGAGCAAACCGCAAUUGACGAUUCUCGAACUCUUACCUCCAUACAACACUGGACUUAUAUCUCGCUUAAACAUCUUCAAAGGGCUUGCUAAGGCAGAUAUGGAUGAAAUAGUCAGUAUCAGGUCUGGGUUUGUGGGUGACGAUGAUUUGACGCAAGAUAUUAUAAUUCAAGAUUCCAUUGGUGGAUUCUAUCUCUUCACUUAUCAGGUAAUGUCACCCAAUGGUGUUUCUCUGAUAAUCAGCAGAAACUCAUUUAAACAAAAUAUUUUACGAGGCAUUGAAAGCAGUAUCGAUGGGUAUUUACCAGGUUCUACGCCCAACCUCCGAAUCAUGGAUUUAUGGCCAUUGAAAGACAUUUACAUCUGCUUGUGCUUGAUAGACGACAAAACGAUCACGGGAGACGAGAAAAACUUGGUUUUGGUUAGCGCCAAGAUCGAUAAUACUGGAGUGCUUGUCUAUCGUUCACACCGUUUGACAAGGUGUACUUACACUUUCUCCAUCGAAAGCCCACAAAGACCAAGACUUUUCAUACCUUCCCCCGGAAAGACAGCGUUCGUAUCCUUGGGAAACUCUAUUAUAAUGACAGACAUCGAUGUUCCAUACUCGCAACAGGGCCAAGUUCAAUACUAUAAACCUCGAUGGGAAGACAUUUUCCGCUUAAAACCGUCAAUUCAAGUUGUUGGCUACGGAUACGAGAACCAGUCAGCCAAUGCCAAUCCGUCUUUGAUUGUAUUGACAGCUAAUAGUGGUGUACUCCGUCUCGAACGAUUUUCCGACUCUGACGAUAUUACGAUGGAAGACGCUGAUGGUACCACUAACACACUCAAAUCACAUAUUGAGCAAGCUGUAUAUUAUUCAGAGUCAGCCACCAUCGAUUUUGAUAUCGUUGAUGAAUUUCCCUCCGAUGUAAUUGUGGGUUCUGUGUCUGAAGUCAGUGGAGAAAUUCUCAAUUCCACUUCCCCAUACUUACCAUCCUUUUUACCUUCCAUCAAGGACUUUCUCAGCUUGAAAGUCACAAAGUAUCGCAAUUUGAUUCUCUUCGUGCACCGCAAUUUUCCACAACUAAAGUCAACUUUGGUGCCUCCUUUAGUUGAAAACUUGGAGAAAGUGGAAGUGAGCAUGUUCUUGUGGGACUUCUUGUCGCAAAGUCACAACGACGAAACAAAGAUUUGGCUUGAGGACACCAUAAAAUCAACAACUGAGAAUAAUACCGAGGACCCUGUCAGGUCGUUUUUCACAACUGGAAAUAAUAACAUAAACCAAGUAUUGACUGACUUGCUUGAAAAAAUGAUUAGGAACAACAUUUCUUUGACGAGAAUAACCAACUUGAUAACAAGUACCAUGUACAAAGGAGUGUUUUUGAACGAAGAAAAGUAUAUCACCGUUGAUGAUACAAUUGAGCCAAAGCGACUCUGGAUUUACGACACAAAUCUUCUCUUACGUUUGGAGGAGAUAUACACCAAAGCAUAUUGUGAAGGCAGUAAGAGUGAACACCACUCCAAAGAAUACCUUGAGGAGAUGGCUCAAUUUUGCGAAGUUUUAUACUACUUUGUUACCACUGCAAUUGGUAUAAUGCAAAGAGAUGGUGGGAACCACGAACAACUCGUUGAAUAUAUUAGAUGGUACAAGCAGCGCAAGAUGGCCUGGAUCGAUUCUCUUUUGGAUUCCAAUCAAGUGGAAGAAGCAUUUCUGUUGGCACAAACUUAUAAAGACUUUCUGUCGUUGGCUCGUGUUUUAGAUUUCAGCAAAGAGCGUAUACUUAACGAACAUGGUACCGAUAGCGACGAAUACGCUGCCAUUUUAGAAAAGUACAAUUACUAUUUCCUGAUUUUUGGAGAGGAAUUUGCAUUCAAACUAUUUGACUACUACGUCAAAACUGAUAAAGUCCAGGCUUUAUUCAGUGAUUUUGCCGACCACCCAUUAUUGGCCCAAUACUUUGUCAUCAACAAGGAAAGAGCUGCAGACUUCUCAUGGAUCAAGUACCUUAGUGAUCUGGAUUUCGAAUCUGGCUCAGAAGCCCUUUUACAGUCUGUUGAGCGAAAGGUGAAUGAAAACCAAGCUAGUCGGCAAAUUAAGUUUCUGCUUGCUAAAUUGGCUGCUAUUGCAUCGAACAAAAAUUCCACUGUCGCCUCUUCAGAGGCUCUUCGUGCCGCUGAAAAUGGUCUCGUUGUCACCCGCAUACAAAACCGUCUCUAUCAGGAUUUGGUCAAGGCGGUCUCCAACAAUAUGAACGUUUUGACAUUCCAAUUUUUGAGCAAGAACUUUGUGAAUAGUGAGGUGGAUACCACCGAAGCUCAGGCUAUACUUGAGGAAUCGUUUGAGCGCUUGCUCAAAAACCAGCCUCUCGCAGUAGCAGACUCGGUCAACUACCUUACACUCAUCAAGCCAAGUGUCUCAUCACAGCAUAACUAUCACGACGCCCUCCGUGUGGCACAAGUUUCGGGAGGAGAAAAUUUGAGUUAUUUGGAGCAUACAAUAUGGCUCAGGGUGUUGACGUUGACAGAUGAUUGGUCUGUCUUGUCACAAAUCAAGGAUAAAAGUGAUGAAUUUGUCAAGCAGCGAAUCAAAGACACUGUCUUGUACAAGACUGUUCGCCAAGCACAAUCUACUUCUAGCUUGACGUCGCUCUUGCAUCAUGUACUAAACGUCAGGGAUACCGACGCAGCAGCAGCUCUUGAUAAUAGGCUUUUGGGGAAGCUUGAAGACAGUAUUGCCAAACACAAUCUAACCACCUGGGUGGAGUCGAUCAUCCAAGAAGCCAAGCAACUGUAA